AUGGUUACUUCACCGGAGUCAGCUGAUACUCUAGCUUCUGCUUCUGCUGCCACCACUAAUGUUCUUGCACCUACAGUUACCAUUACUUCAGGAGUGAUUGACUCUACUCACCCUUACUACCUUCAUCCUUCUGACUAUCCAGGGAUGAACCUUGUAUCCUCAGCUUUUGAUGGAAAAGGAUAUGGAGGUUGGAGAAGGGCAGUUAUCAUUGCCUUGUCUGCAAAAAACAAUCUGGGAUUUAUCGAUGGUACUCUUAUUAUCCCUAAGGCUGAUUCUGUAAUCCAGCAGGCCUGGGGUAGAUGUAAUGAUAUGGUACUUUCAUGGCUUCUCAACUCCCUGUCCAAAGAGAUAGCUGAGAGUGUGCUCUAUUCACAAAGUGUAAAGGAUUUAUGGAGUGACCUAGAAGACAGAUUUGGACAGGCAAAUGGAGCAAAGUUGUUCCAAUUACAAAAGGAAUUAAGUUCAGUGGUGCAAGGUAAUUCAAGUGUAUUAACUUACUUCACCAAAAUGAAAAGCCUAUGGGAUGAACUAGAUGCACUCAAUACAUUUUCUGCUUGUGUUUGUGAGUGUGAGUGUGGUGCAAAAGUCAAAAGCUUGAAAGCACACAAAGAUGAGAGACUAUUACAGUUCCUAAUGGGACUAAAUAAUAUAUUUAUUGGGGUAAGGAGUAACAUAUUAUUGUCAUCACCUUUACCUUCCAUUGGACAGGCAUACUCUCUUGUGAUUCAAGAUGAGAAACAGAGGGAGAUACAUGCUACCCCUGCAUACUCAGGGGAAUCUGCCUCAUUCAUUACUGCAAACCAACUAGGAAAUUUCAGAAAAAUUAAUGAGAACAGGAUGCAGAAAAUAAGUUUUGAAUCUAAGAAAUAUUUAGGAAUUUGUUCCUAUUGCAAAAAGCCUGGACAUAGCAUACAGAAGUGCUAUAGAAUUCAUGGGUUUCCAGCUGAUUUCAAGUUCACAAGGGAGAAAAGAUUUCAAGAAGGUGCCCAGGAAAACAAAGCUUCCUUUUCAAAUGAAGAAAAUGAACAGGGAGCAGAAAGUGCAUCAGGAGUUCAGAAUCUCACCAAGGAAAAUGUGGCUGAGCUGCUGCAUCUUCUUCAGCAAGUGAAAGUGGGACAAAACAGUGCAGGAACCUCUGAUGUUGCAGCAAAUGUGAGCUAUGCUCGUAUGACCAAUUUAUUUGAAGAUUUAGCCUGUUUAAUUCAAAUCAAUGAUGAGUCUUGGAUAUUGGAUAGUGGAGCAACAAAACAUAUGUCUUUCAACAAAGAUUUUUUUACAGAUUUAAAAACCUUGGCUAAACCUCUCAUGGUAAAACUCCCAAACUCUUACAGAAUUCAGGUCACUCAUUCAGGAACUAUUUUUCUUUUGCCUAAUCUGAUUCUUCGAAAUGACCCUUCAAUGAAGAGCCCACUGGAGAUUGGUAAAGAGGAAGGGGGCCUCUACAUUCUCAGAUCCAGACAUACAACACCAGUGUCUAAGAGUUCACCUAAGUUUAGAAGUGUUUUUAUUCCAAGAAGGAAUUCUGUUUCCAAUCAUAGUUUGCGUUCAUGUUUUAGUUUUUCUGAUUCAAUUGUAAAAGAGAAGCUGUGGCACUACAGAUUAGGCCAUAUGCCCUUUAACAAUAUGAAAAAUGUUUCAUCAGUUUCUAUAUCCAAGUGUUCCAAAUUCUCCACUCCAUGUGUUAUUUGUCCUAUGGCAAACGUCCUUUUCCCUCUAGUUCUAUUUCUACUAAGAAAGUGCUUGAAUUAA